GUUUGGUUUGAUUUGGUUGGAGCAAGUUUGUUUUGGCGGGUAGCAUUGCACUGGCAGGCGAGCACGGAAGCACACGGCCAUUGCCCAUCGGAGAAGAACAAGAAAAUCCAAGCAACCCACCUCAACCGCCUCGUUGGCGUUAGCACGAAGGCCGGUAGCAAAAGAGGAGAUGGUGCCCUGCGCACAGCAGCUGCAGCUGCCCACCGCUCCUCUCCACACUCCUUGUCGCCAAGCGGGCAGGUGGGAUUUUCCGCUUCCUCGCCCGCGUCGCCGCCCCCGCCGUGCCAUCGCUGCCGCCAUGGCCUCCGGCAGCGCCAACCCCGUCGUGCUCGGGUGCGGCGGCAUCGCCGUGGACUACCUGGCCACGGUGGCGUCCUUCCCCAACCCCGACGACAAGAUCCGCAGCCUCGAACUCAAGGUGCAGGGGGGCGGCAACACGGGCAACGCGCUCACUGCAGCUGCGCGCCUCGGCCUCCGCCCCAGGAUCAUUUCCAAGGUAGCCAACGAUGCUCAAGGAAGAAACAUCCUCAGCGAGCUGCGAGCUGAUGGCAUCGACACAUCCUACAUCCUAGUCGCAGAGAACGGGAAUUCACCAUUCACCUACAUCAUUGUUGAUGAACAGACGAAAACUCGUACUUGUAUACACACUCCUGGUUCUCCCCCCAUGGUGCCAGAAGAGCUCACAAAGGCAAACUUAUCUUCCGCUCUAGAUGGAGCAGACAUCGUCUACUUUGAUGUACGGUUGCCUGACACUGCUUUGCUGGUUGCAGAAGAGGCAAGUCAAAGAAAAAUCCCUAUUUUGAUUGAUGCCGAAAGAAAGAGGGAGGGGCUGGACGAGCUCCUUAAUUUUGCAUCUUAUGUUGUAUGCUCUGCAAAGCUUCCUCAGGCCUGGACAGGAGCUUCAUCAAUACCGAUUGCUUUAGUGUCCAUGCUUUCAAGGUUACCUAACAUCAAAUUUGUUAUUGUAACUCUUGGGGAGAAAGGUUGCUUAAUGCUUGAGAGAAGCAUGACAGAUGCUUCUGAGGCAGGGGAAAUAGAUGUGGAGGCUUUAUUCGAAUCACUACAGAAUCAAGUCGACCAGGAUUCUACUAUGCCAAAAUGCAUUGCUUCCAAGUCAAACUUGAGAAUAAGCGCGGAUGGAGUAGGCUCGAUAAGUGGUAGGUUACUUCUAGGUACAGCCGAAGUUAUACCACCUGGAGAGCUUAUAGAUACAACUGGCGCAGGAGAUGCAUUCAUUGGAGCAGUUCUAUACGCUUUAUGCACCGGCAUGCCACCGGAGAGGAUGCUGCCGUUUGCAGCACAAGUGGCUGGUUGCGGUUGCAGAGGUUUGGGGGCUCGGAGCAGCCUUCCUCAUCGCACAGACCCACGUCUGGCCGGCUAUUGAUCAGCAUUCGGCAGAACCAUGAACACCUGCCUGGUUCUAAAAUAUUCCAAAUCCAAUCGAUUCAGUCAUAAUAAAGAAAGCAGUCUGCACCAGUAACUAGCAUAUCAAUACUAUCAUGUUCAACGCCCCUGCUGAAAAAAACCUGAGGUUCAUUUAUUUGGUUUACUCAAGUGCUGUUAUUGUGCGAAAAUGUAUGCAACUACAUUGUUCGGGCGGAGCCCUGAUUUGAUUUGUGAUCAGAUAAUAUCACCCCCAAUUCCCCAGUUUUUUUAUCCUUCUAUACUCAAUCUUGUUGUAUGUUCAUGUGUACGAGUCCCACCUGUACUUCAAAAAUUAUAUGCUCAUGCUUACUGUACCA